AACUUCUCUAUUUAUGUUCUCUCUGCGUCAAUUGUAGUAAUAAAAAUCUCUCUCUCCUAUCUUCUAGGGUUUCAGAAACUGAAACUGAAACUGAAGAGGAAGAAGAAGCUGAUUAUUAUAAUUUCGAGGUUUCAUCGUCAAAAUUAAUACCAAGAUUUCAAACCUGAAGCGAUCGUUAUCAAUGGCGAUACGGGAGUUUCAGCUGUACAAUAGCAUGACUAAGCAGAAGGAGAUUUUCGUACCCAAAGAACCAGGGAAAGUUGGGAUGUAUGUCUGUGGUGUUACAGCUUAUGAUCUCAGUCAUAUCGGUCAUGCUAGGGCUUAUAUUGCCUUUGAUGUUCUUUAUAGAUACAUAAAACAUUUGGGCUAUGAAGUUACGUAUGUACGCAACUUCACUGAUGUCGAUGACAAGAUAAUUAAUCGAGCUAAGGAAGUAGGGGAGGAACCAUUGGAUCUCAGUAAACGCUUCUGUGAUGAGUAUCUUAGGGACAUGAAUGAUCUACAAGUCCUUGUUCCUACAGAACAACCCCGUGUUUCUGAAAACAUGGUCGAAAUUAAAAAUAUGAUAGCUGAGAUUAUAAAAAAUGAUUGUGCUUAUGCUGCUGAUGGAGAUGUCUACUUUUCGGUUGACAAAUUUCCAGCUUAUGGCCGGCUAUCUGGGCGAAAAUUAGAAGACAAUCGAGCUGGUGGAGGUGGACGAGCUCAAGACAGUUUAACUUCAAGAAAACGAAAUCAAAAUGACUUUGCACUAUGGAAGGCUGCAAAGCCGGGAGAAAUUAGCUGGGAAAGUCCUUGGGGACCUGGCAGACCUGGGUGGCACAUAGAGUGCAGUGCCAUGAGUGACCGUUAUCUGACUUCCUCCUUUGAUAUUCAUGGUGGAGGAAUGGAUCUGAUAUUCCCACAUCACGAAAAUGAACUUGCUCAGAGUUGCGCUGCCCGCCCCAACACUUGUGAAAUUAAAUAUUGGAUGCAUAAUGGUUUUGUCAAUACGAACAACGAGAAAAUGUCCAAGUCCCUUGGCAACUUUUUUACUAUCCGUGAGGUCACCAAAUUGUAUCAUCCAUUAGCAUUGAGGUACUUCAUGAUGAGUACGCACUAUCGGUCACCUGUCAAUUACUCAUUGGAUCAACUAGAUAUUGCGUCUGAUAGGGUUUUCUACUCAUAUCAGACUUUGCUGGACUGUGAAGAGGCCUUAAUUCCAUUUCGAGAGAAAAAUCCCGAGGGAUCAGUACCAAAGGGCAAAAAUAUUCGCAUAACUCCGGAGGCUCAGGAGUGCAUCAAUAAAUUAAAGAACGAUUUCUAUGCUAAAAUGUCAGAUGAUCUCCACACUCAAGACUUCUUGAAUGGUGCUCUUCAGGAAAUUUUGAAGCUUAUGAACAGUUCACUGACCAAGCUCAAGAAGGCAAAGCAACAACAGCAAUCGUUGUUCCUGUCCCUUGCUGAAAUGGAGAAAGAAGCGAAGAUGGUUCUAGAUACUCUUGGACUAAUGUCAUCUUUAUCAUAUUCAGAGGUUCUGGAGAAAUUGAAAGCCAAGGCUUUGACAAGAGCAAAUUUGACUGAGGAAGAUGUGUUGCAACAAAUAGAAGACCGAACCCAGGCAAGGAAAGACAAGGAUUUUGCUAAAAGUGACAAAAUCAGGCGUGACUUCGAAUUUAAGGGCAUUGCUCUUAUGGAUGUGGGCAAUGAAACUAUAUGGAGACCUUGUGUCCCAAGGGAAACUGAACAAACUGUCGCAUCUACUGAAGUAAAACAAAACUCAGAAACUGUUGCAGUAGCUUCCACUGAAGUAAAACAAAACUCAGAGAUUGAAACUGUUGCAGUAGCUUCUACUGAAGUUGACAAAAUUAGCAUCUGAACCAGAACAUCAUACAGAAUUUCACAAACAAGAAGUUUGUUUUUGUUGUUUACUUCUCCUGAUUUGUACACCAAUUUUAUCGUUAGGUACUAGAAACAAGUUUGUAGCAGAUUGAACAUUAACUCAAUCUUGGGUAAUUAACCCUGUAGUUACAGUGAUUUUACAAGUUGAUUUAUAUCUAAAACUAAUCUGCUUGGGAAUAAAAAGUUCCCAGCUUCUGGUUAGUUAUAAAAAGGAAAUAUACUGUUGGAUGUUCUAGUGUAAGUUUUUCAUGUCU